CAGAAAUAUAGUCCUAAGGUCAUUUCUAACUUUUCAUUUAUCCCCAACGUCUUUAUUAUUCGCUUUGCUACUCAGCAGUAGACAGCGAUGUUCUUAUUGUUAUCCAUUUUCAUCUGCAUAGGAUACCUUCAGUACAAUCGAGUGAAUGCAGAGUAUUACACCGCUAUUGUUGACAUAACUAAAGCAUGGCGGCUAAGUCAAGAACUGGUGACCGAUUUAAAUUCAUAUAUUGCUCUUGAAGAGUCACGUCUUAAUGAAAUUCGUAAGGUGAUAAAAUUGUUGGAUACUGUUGACUCGAUCAACAACCCAACUUCAACGCCAUAUCAACAAAACAAUGACCUAGAGCAGUAUUUAGGCAAUCCAAUCAACGCUUAUUUGACAAUGAAACGUCUUUCAUCAAAAUGGAAAUCAAAGUUAAGUCAACUGGUUAACAAUAUACCCAGUGAUCAAACCAAUAAUGAUGAUGAUAAUGGUUCCCAAUAUUUAAAUCUUCCUGAUACACAACAGUUUGCAUCAAUGAAUACAAUUCGAUCGCGUGUUAAGCAACACACGGAUAUGCUACCCGGUAAUAAUGAUGUAAGCGGUGCAGUGGAUGCAAUUCUACGUUUACAGUCUACAUAUAAACUGCCAGCUAGUCGAAUUGCUUAUGGUCAGUUGAUUGAUAAUUUAUCCUGUUCUCAUUUAAGUGCUGCACAAUGCUUAGAAGUAGGCAAACAGGCCUAUUCACAAGGUGAUUAUGAACGAUCGGAAGAAUGGUUCCGUGUAGCAUACGAUCGAUUAUUUGAUGAACUGGAAGAAAAGAAGGACAGUAGUAGCCAACAGUCUGAAGAAACUACUACUGUCAGCGAGGAUGCUGAAGAUAAAGAAGUUCAACCAACUGUAGGACAAAUUUUAGAUCAUCUUGCUUAUUCACUUGGCCGGCAAGGGAGAUACGCUGAAGCCUUGAAUGUUACACGUUUACUGAUUCAAGAAGAGCCGACCAAUGAGAGAGCGAUUAAAAAUGAAGAAUAUUAUGUGGAACAAAUGGGCAAAGGUGAAGGAAGAAUUGGUCCAAAUCCACGUCCAGAAGCUACGUCUAAACAAGAUCAGGAAACUGAGGUGUACGAAGCAUUAUGUCGCGGUGAAAAUCCAUUUCCACCAGCUCCAUCAGAUUCCCUAACAUGUCAAUAUUACAUCCCCCAUGUGUUUUAUAAAAUCGGUCCAGUUAAACAAGAGGUUUUAUUCCCUGAUCCACGUAUUGUAAUGUGGCAUGAUUUGAUUUAUCCAUCAGAAAUCGAAAAAAUUAAGGAAGUGGCCACACCACAACUUCGCAGAGCUACAGUUAAAAAUCCAGUGUCUGGAAAUCUAGAGGUGGCUUUCUAUAGGACCAGUAAAAGUGCUUGGCUUUCACAUUCUAUGAAUGAAAUCACUGAUCGAAUAAGUCAACGUAUACGUGCAGUUACUGGUUUAUCUCUUGAGACAGCUGAAGACCUCCAAGUUGGUAAUUAUGGCCUUGGUGGACAUUAUGCUCCACAUUUUGAUUUUGGUCGAAAAAGAGAAAAAGAUGCGUUUGAAGUUCAAAAUGGGAACAGAAUAGCGACAAUUAUUUUCUAUCUAAGUGAUAUACAGGCUGGUGGAGCUACUGUAUUCAAUCGCAUCGGUGCACGUGUAGUACCGAAACAAGGAGCUGCUGGCUUUUGGUUUAAUCUUUUGCCAAGUGGUGAGGGGGAUUUACGAACUCGACAUGCAGCUUGUCCUGUCUUAGCUGGUUCGAAAUGGGUAAUGAACCUGUGGUUUCAUGAACGCGGUCAAGAAUUCCGCCGACCAUGUGAGUUGGAGCAAGGGGUUAUUGAAGCAGAUGACGGAUUUUGAGUUUAAGAAAUUCUCUUUUUUUCUGACCUUGGUACUUUUAACUUGGUGUCUUUUCGUUUUGUAUUUAUUCUGUUGAACGUGUAAACCGAUGCUAACAAAGACAUUAAGAGAUAUUUAAAACCGGUGUUCCGGUGGAAAAGCAACAAGCGAGUACAUUAGUAGAUAUUUCUGUGUAUGAAAUACAAUAUAAUCCACUU